AUGGACUCUCAGGCCCCCUCCAUCAUCCCAGGUGGGCCUUCCAACAAUGUUGGGCUUACUACGGCAACCAUUCCUAUGGUCGAGCUUGCCAGACAUGACACCGCGUCGUCUACUGGAAGUGCAACUCGAUUGUCUGAAGGCCAUUGGGCACUGAACCUCAGUGGCAACUGCUCGAGCUGCCACCAUCACCACAAAUCUGUGCAGGUGCGUGUUCGUGUAUCGGGCGACUCUACUGAGGUCGGCGACGUCCGUUGUGACAAGUGCAAAAAGUUGUGGAUAGCCUUCGGAAAAGGAAAUGUCAGGCGAUUGUCUCUUCUUUCUACGAAAAGCAUAGACCCGGAGUCACUUGAAGCUGAGACUGAGUUCCACGGCGCCCUGGUCCGUAUCAUUAAGGCUGCGAAUUCCAUCGCGACAUUGUCUCCUACUCUUACGGCCAUCCCAGAAGCCGCAUCGGCCGGUCCAUCACGAGAGACUUCUGUACGCUCGACUACUCGUAGUUACAUUCGGCAGCGCUCAAGAGCCAUAGGCAGCGACUCGAGGCCAGUAUUUGCCGACUCCAGCAGUAAAGCUAGAGCGCCAGGUCUCAGCCGGUUGACCAGCCAGAAGCAUACGAAAACUGGCCAGCUUCAGGCGUCCAAGGGUUGGCACACCUUCCUUCGUCUCAGACACAAAUUUGUAGCAAAAUUUCGCACGUCGCGAUCCAUUCCUUACGAGCCGCGGAUUCAAAGCGAGGAUUGUUCCGACGAAAGCCAUCAUAGCCAGAUUCAGUUGCCUUUACCAAGAGUUGUAGCGCCUAGUAUAGCACCUUUAUCAUCUCCAGAGGACCGCACAGAAUACCGCGUUGAGAUCGAUGACGAGCCUAACCAGGAUGCUCUCGAUGUCUGUACCUCGUCAACUACCGCCGCGGGUGCGCUAGCUUCGCUUGAAGCUCUCGACGUCCAGGCCAUCCAGAAUUUACACCCAGACAGGCGUUUCGAAUGGGGCCGCAGUCAAUUGGCAGAAUUUAGAGCUCGCUACGCUGGGUCUACCGUCCCGGCCGCUAUCCCUGUCAUGGUCAACAAUGGAACUCAAUCGAGCUCUUCCGAAGACUUGCUGUUACUUAACCGACCGUUUGUCAGACGCCACUCCGCCUUAGCCUACGUCGGAAACACCUUCGGCACUAGUGAGUACUGGGAUGCCUUCCGGGGCAGUACUCUUAACCUUAAUGGUCGCCCACUUAGCAUGAGUGAAACGAACUUUUCAGACGCUGACACCGCUGUUGAACGAACGAGCAUCGCCCCUAUGCCACAUCAAUUAUUCAUUGAGAGCUUGCAACGCGAGCGCCGUGGAUCAGGAUCUUCGCGUCCUCUCUCAAUGCACGGUAUUGUGAACGACUGGCAGCAAGUACAUCGGAACAGAGCGGAGGCUCGUCUAUCGACUGACUCGGCUGCGACUGGAAAUGCUGUCAGGAACAUCACUACGACAAGGGGGCGUGCAAAUAACCGUCUCUCCCGCAGUUCGAUGAAUCGAGUGCCCUCCGUUUAUGGUAUAGAACCACAAACUUCGCGAGUCCAACUCCGAGUGGACGAAGAAACUGAGAAUCCAGAGGCACCAGCACGUGUAGGUUCAUCUCCUUCAUCGCCACCGAUGUCUGGAACCGAUAUCAGUCCACAGGGUUGA